AUGGAGGCAGUCCCUUCAACCUACCACCAGCUCAUCCGUUUCCCAACGAAACACGGAGUAGAGCAAAUCUCAAGGGAUCAAGUUGCGUCCAAACAUUACUUCAUGGCAGCAUUAAAGGCAAAGCAGCUCUGCAAUCGGGUACAGAUGGUAGAAGUGGCCGAACAGCCAGUCUUGAAAGAUGUAGGGGGAAUCCCAGAGGAAAAGAUGGUAGAGGAUUUGGAUAAAGUCUUGGUAAAAGAGGAUGACCCAGAAAAGUACUUCCUUAUCGGGUUGGACCCAGAAUUUGCUUGCCACAAGCUCAACAUCAACCCUUCAGCUCGACCCAUUGUGCAAAAAAGUCAGAGAUCCUCAGUCGAGCACACCGAAGCAGUAAUUGCCGACGGCGAAAAACUCCUAGCUUCAGGAGCAAUCAGGGAAGUUCAAGGAAUUGAGGCGAAUCCGGACCAAAUAAAAGCAAUACAAGAUCUUGAAAUACUAACAAAGGCUAAGGAGCUGCAGAAACUGGCUAGAAUGGCAGCCGCACUGAAUCGGUUCAUCAGCAAGUUUUCAGACCGGAUGAAGCCCUUCUUCCAGCUUUUGAAGAAAAGGGCAGCAUUUGAAUGGAGUUCUGAGUGCACCAAAGCACUACAAAUUCUCAAAAAAUACCUCAGUACACCUCCCCUUCUGUCUACUCCAGAGCUAGGAGAGGAGCUGUACCUUUAUCUAGCAGUCUCAGAUCAUACCGUAAGCACAGUAUUAAUUCGAAAGGUUAACAAGGAACAGAGGCCUGUAUACUACGUUUGCAAGACUUUACUAGAUGCCGAGACACGGACAGUAAUUAAGGCCCAGGUCUUAGCAGAUUUCAUCUCAAAAUUUGCUCCCACCCAGAGUACCGAACCAGGGAACCCAAGUUCGGCACAGGUGCCAUGCAUCAACGAACAAGGAAAGCCCUGCACUUCGGAAGCCUGGAAACUCUUCAUCGAAAACAUCUGGCAGCUCUAUGUUGACGGGUCAUCCAAUAAUCGAGGUUCAGAGGCAGGAGUAGUACUUAUCUCAACAGAAGUAUUUAUCUGGGAACAGGCUCUCAGGCUCGGUUGGAAGGCUUCGAACAACGAGACAGAGUACGAAUCGUUGUUGGCUGGCUUACGUAGUGCCGAACACUUCAGUGCAGCACAGCUUCUUGUUUUUAGCAAUUCACAACUAGUGGUAAACCAGCUUUUCGGGGUCUACGAAACACGGGAUGAAAGAAUGGCCAUGUACGCAGGCAAGGCCAAAGACUUACUCAAAAAGUUUCAAUCCAUACGAGUGGAACGAAUUAGUCAGGACAAAAACGGCCAUGCUGAUUCUUUGGCUUGUCUCGGCUCAUCAGUGGAUACCAAAGAUGCCAGAAAAGUUUGGGUUGAGUUCGUGCCACAGCCAAGUAUUGCAUCUCCAGUCCUCUGCAGCAGCGUAAAGCCGAGCUGGAUGGAUCCAAUACUUGCUUUUCUAAAAUCUGGUGCUUUCCCCGAAGAAAAAAAGGAAGCCAACAAAGUCAGACACAAGUCAGCUCGGUUUUGGAUCUCACCAUCCAGGAAGCUGUACAGACGCUCCUAUAUUGGCCCUUAUCUUCUAUGUGUGCAUCCAAAUCUGGUCGAGAAUGUUCUCUACGAAAUUCACGAUGGGAUUUGUGGAUGCCAUGUUGGAGGAAGGUCGUUGGCGCACCGAGCCCUCACUCACGGGUAUUGGUGGCCACAGAUUCAACAAGAUGCUCAGCAGUACGUACAGAAGUGUGAUAAAUGUCAAAGACCAUUAGCGCGAGGCACUAGGAACAAGCGAUUCUUCAUUGCAGCAACCGACUAUUUUACUAAAUGGGUUGAAGUCGAGGCAUUGGUAAAUAUCAAAGAGGCAGAUACGAAGCAGUUUGUUAUGACAAAUGUGGUGGUGCGUUUCGGCAUCCCGCGAGUACUGAUUGCGGACAAUGGAACGCAGUUUGAUGGAAAAUGGGUUGAAGAGUUACCCCACAUGCUAUGGGCAUACGGAAUGGAAACACCUUACUCACUAACUUACGGAAUGGAGGCCGUCAUCUCACUCGAAGUAGGCCUCCCAACCCUUCGGUUUGAAUUGUUUGAGAGCACCAGUAACGAGGAAGCUAUUGCACAAGCACUAGAUAUGGCAGAGGGCCGAAGAGAAGCAGCACUGAUCAAACUUGUAGCGUAUCAGCAGCAGCUCAUCAAAAGUUUCAACCAAAAAGUUUUCCCAAGGCAAUUUACACCAGGAGAACUGGUCUUGAGGAAAGUUAUGGAUCAUAAAAAGGUACCAGGCGAGGGCAAACCUGGGCCUAACUGGGAAGGUCCCUACAAAAUCACAGUUGUCGUUGGAAAUGGAGCCUACUACCUAGAGGAUCUUAAUGGAAGCGCUAUACCUCGGCCCUGGAACGUAGCAAAUCUCAAGAAAUGCUAUCAAUAG